AUGGCGACUCACGAAAUUGCUAUCCACGAUCAAGUAAGGUCCCUUUGUAUUAGCGGUGGGACGCAUGGAAAUGAACUCAGUGGCGUUUACCUGGUUAAAAACUGGCUUAGAAAUGGUUCUAUCGAAAUUCAAAGGAAUUCUUUUCAAACUCAUGUUGUACUUGCGAAUCCAAGGGCAACCAAGCGAUGUGUGCGUUUCAUUGAUGUAGAUCUCAACAGACAGAUAAAAUCAGAAAAUCUGUUGUCGUCUGUGGAGAAAGAGGAGGAAAAUUGUCCCUAUGAAAUACAGAGAGCCUGCGAACUGUAUUCACGAUUUCAAGACGAGGCCGGAAGAAAGGCGAUAGAUUUCUGGAUCGAUCUUCAUAACACAACUGCAAAUACUGGGCCCUUUUUUAUAAUGAGCGGAUCUGCUGGUCCAUUUCUGUUACACCUCGCAGCAGAAAUGCAGAAAGAGUUCCCUGAGCUACGCAUUAUGCUUCUGAAGGAGGGAAAUUUUGAGGGGCAGCAUUUUGAAGGGGAUCAGCAUGAAAACAGCAAAGAGGACCUCCUAGAUGCCUCUAAAUUUCCCACACAAGGUGUACAUGAGUUAGGUGUGGAGGGCAUAACUUUAGAAAUGGGCCCACUAGCACAUGGUACUUUGAACAUGGCCAUUUACAAUUUGGCAAAGAAAAUAGUUACGGGUGUGCUUGACCGUGUUGAGAAGUUUAAUAAUGGCCUUGAAUUUGAGGAAAAGGAAAUUGAAGUGUUCAGAUCACUAGGCAACAUCCAUUUUCCUACUGAUGCAGAAGGUGAACUUUCAGCCAUGGUAUCAGCGAAUGUGGAAAGAAGUGAUUGGAAACCACUGAAUCCUGGUGACCCACUCUUCCUGUCAUUUUCUGGUGAGACCAUCCCUUUCACUGGAGAUGAUGUGGUGUGGCCAGUUUUUAUAAACGAGGCUGCAUAUUUCCCAAACAACAUAGCAAUGACAAUCACUGCAAAGGAAAAGAUAACUGUUCCAGCACUGAAGUUGAAAACAAACUAAAAUGAGACUGUUCCUUACUUUGUGAAUUUACAUUAAUCAUAUAGGUUGAGGACUGUGAGUUGGGAAUUCAUCAUUAGGAAAUUUAUCUCGACUUAGUGAUCAGUUUUGAAUAAUACCUUUCUGUUGAUUGAAAAGAGAUGCAAGUAAAACACUCAGUCAAAUAGUCUACUAGUUGCUGAAGGUACAUAUGUGUUAACCCUUUCACUCCCAGAAGCGAUUCACAGGUAACUUCUCCCUACAAUAUCCAACCACUAUCCAGCAAACAGGUAAUAAGAGCACUCAAAUGUAUCAGGUAGGAGUUGUUAUCUUGAUCUAACACCAAAUUCUUGCAACUAAUUUGUAAGGUAAUAUGUAGCAGCCAGAUGGGAGAGUUAACAAUCAGAUCCUGGGAGUUAAAGGGUUAACUACAAUAGCACAUUCUAUGAAGCUGAACAUUUUGACUCUCAAUGGCACAAAGUUAACUUAGUCUGCCUCUAAUGCUAGAUUCUUAGUAAAAGCCAUGUGCUGUAGAAUGUCUUCCACUAAAGGGUCUUGCAGAGAUCCAUCUACAGGCCUGUUUACCCUUUACCUCCAAGAGAUAAUUAGCAUGUUGUUUCUCCCUCUAAUAUCAAUACGUUAUCCAGAAAUUUAUGUAAUAUUCAGUUAAUGAGAAUACUCAAACUUGUUAGGAAGAGGUUGUUUUCUUGAUCUUACACCAAAUUCCCAUAACUAUUGUGCAAGGAGAAUUUGUAGCAACUAGAAGGGAGAAGUAAAGGGUUAAACAGGGUGUAAGAACCCAACAGUGCACCUUUCUAGCACUUGAUACUACAGUCUCAAUGAAACGUGUUGCAGAUGGUAGUCUAGAAUAGUAGGCAGGUAUUUUCAAAAGUGUUAAGGGCCUCCUCUUCCAAGGGGGGGCUGGGGUCCCCUAGGAAGUUUUAUGAUUGAUGUAUUUUUUGGAUCAGGUUCCCUCUGUGGUCUACUGUCAUGGCCCUCCUGCUGUUGUCUUUUGAUACAUACAUACAUAAGCUUUAUUUAUCCUCGGAUUUCAGUGUAGCUUACAAGCUAGUAUCUCCAAUCCUAAUUACUAAUUUUAAAAGUUACAGCAAGAACAAGGCUAA